AUGGCCCCCCAAGACAAUAUUGGCGGUAGUUCCGAAAAGAACCCCGUGGCUGUUACCUCCUCUGCUGGCAAUGACGGAGAGCUUACCCCUACUCUCGCAGCGAGACGCCAUAUCCGAUACAUCGACGAUGAUGAGGAGAAUGGUGGCCCAUCUGCCGCUGUCGAUAUUGGCCACCCGUUGAAGAGGCGAGGCUCUACCUACUCUGUGCAUUCACUUUCCAGUGUUCGGAGCGGACAACGCUUUGUCGACCCAUCAGUCAUCCUGCCAGUCCAAUACCGAACUCUCAGCUAUGAUAUCACGAACGUCAAGGCCAUUGAAAGUGCAAAGAACGCUCGCGAGAAGGCGGCGAUCGAUGUUGGAGGCUUUGAUUGGCAUCUUCUCACCCCCAAAGAGAUCUGUAUGCGAUUAAGUACUUCAACAGAAUACGGCCUUUCAGCCACCGCCGUGAAAGAGAAGAUUGCAGAAUUCGGCCGCAAUGUGCCCUCCCCGCCACCGUCCAGGCUGGCUCAGAAGUUGUUCGGUUAUUUCUUUGGAGGCUUUGGCUCCAUUUUGCUGGGCGGCAGCAUCCUCGUCUUUGUGUCUUGGAAACCCUUGGGUCAACCUCCAGCGGUUGCCAAUCUUGCUCUGGGCAUUGUUCUUGCCGCUGUCUUUUUCAUUCAGGCUGCGUUCAACGCCUGGCAAGACUUCUCGUCUUCCAGGGUCAUGAACAGUAUCACUGGCAUGUUGCCCGAAGCCUGCCGUGUUCUACGCGAUGGAAGCAAGCAAACAAUUCAAGCCCCCGAAGUCGUACCUGGCGACAUCCUCCAUUUCAAAGCGGGCGACAAACUGCCUGCCGAUAUCCGAUUUAUUGAUGUCUCGACGGACGCCAAGUUUGACAGGAGCAUCUUGACUGGAGAAUCGCUUCCUUUGGCUGCUGUCACCGAGUCCCAUGAGCCCAACUAUCUUGAGACAAGAUGUAUCGGCAUGCAAGGUACUCACUGCACCUCUGGUAGUGGUGUUGGCAUUGUGGUGUCUACUGGCGAUGACACCGUCUUUGGCCAUAUUGCCAAAUUAACAAGCCAGCCCUCGAUCGGCAGAACCAAUCUCCAGAAAGAGGUUCUGCGCUUCGUCUUCAUCAUUGUCGGUCUAAUGGUCUUCAUGAACAUCAUCGUCGUUGCAGUUUGGGGAGGUUAUAUCCGACAAGCACACCACAGCUACAUCAAUGUGCCCACGCUCAUUGUUGACCUCGUCAGUGUGGCAAUUGCUUUUGUUCCCGAAGGCUUGCCGAUUGCUCUCACAGCAUCGCUCACUAUCACGGCCAAUAUCAUGAAGAAGAAUAACAUUCUCUGCAAGUCGUUGAAGACUGUCGAGACUCUCGGCUCUGUCUCCGUUCUCCUGUCCGACAAAACCGGAACGUUGACGAAAAACCAAAUGGCGGUAACAGAUUGCCUGAUCGGUUUCAGUGCCAUGACCGCGGAAGAGGCAUCUCGAGAAAUGGCAACGGAAGGUACCAAUAGCAAGUCGAAGAAAGUGGCACUACAGCAAGUACGUGUGCUGUCAGCGGUAUGCAAUGCAGGAGAGUUUGAUCCGACCACGAUUCAUCUACCCCUCGCCCAGAGAAAAAUCCUCGCAGAUGCAACUGACCAGGCUAUCUUGCGACUCUCGGAAAAUUUAGGCCCUGUCACGCAGUCUCGCAACAUGUGGCGCAAGAGAUUCGACCUGGCAUUCAACUCCAAGAACAAAUUUGCGUUGAGAGUCGUCUCUCCUGAGAACGCAGCGGCGGUUUCAGCGACCAUGAGUGCCUUGGAGGCGAAUUCUUUCAACAGUGAGAACGACCUGCUAUUGAUGAUCAAAGGUGCUCCAGAUAUUCUUCUUCCGAGAUGCACGAAAUACGUCGGAGAAGAUGGCGAGGUCUACACUCUUGACGACGGUGUUCGUUCUUCCGUAGAAGCUAUCAAGGAUGCAUGGUCCAGCCAGGGUAAACGAGUCCUUCUCCUGGCCCGCAAACCUCUUCCUGCGAGUAUGGUGCAAUCGGCGCCCAACGACAAUACAUUCGAGGCUGAAGCCCUACGGCACGCGGGAGCUGGACUCACUCUGAUAUCACUGGUUGGAAUUGUUGAUCCUCCCAGAGACGAGGUGCCGAGUGUUAUCCAGACCCUUCGUCGCGCAGGGAUCCGCACGAUGAUGGUAACUGGCGACUUCAAGCUGACCGCCCAAGCUAUUGCCCGUUCGUGUGGUAUUAUCACGGUUGCCAACAGCGAAAUUCACACGGUUGAUAACCUUCCUCGUUUCCCUCCCUCAGACGUGGUCGAGAAGAAACGCCAGAAGAAGUCAAAUCGGCUCCCUUCGGAGAACAAAGCUAUUGUUUUGACGGGUCCCGACCUGAUGACACUCCUACCGCACCAAUGGAGCGCCCUCACGACUCAGUAUAGCGAGGUUGUCUUUUCACGCACCACACCGGAUCAAAAGCUGCGCAUCGUCAGGGAGUUCCAGUCUCAAGCCUUUGUCGUGGCCAUGACCGGCGAUGGUGUUAACGACGCACCCAGUCUCAAACAAGCAGAUAUUGGCAUCUCGCCGGCUUCUGGCUCUGAUAUCGCAAUCGAAGCAUCCGACAUGGUACUCUUGGGUUCGUUCUCUGCGAUCCCUGAGGCAGUCUUGUAUGGACGCGUUGUUUUCGACAACUUGAAGAAGACCAUUGCAUACCUUCUGCCUGCUGGUUCGUUCUCCGAGUUCUGGCCGGUCAUGACGAGCGUCAUCUUUGGUCUCCCCCAGGUCCUCUCCAGCUUUCUCAUGAUCAUCAUCUGCUGUUUUACCGACUGUGUCGCUGCUACAAUGCUAGCGUACGAAAAGCCUGAAGCCAAUGUCAUGCUGCGCCCUCCACGAGACAUCCACAAAGACCGUCUCGUCGACUGGCGUUUGUUGCUCCAAGCAUAUGGCUUAGUUGGUAUCCUGGAGACGACCUGCUCAUUCGCAAUGAGCUUUUGGUACCUGCAACGCCAAGGCCUCUCGUUCGGCACGCUGUGGUUCUCCUUUGGCAAUAUUCCUAUCCCACCAGGACAGACCGAGGACGACGUAUCGUACCACCUGACUGUGGCCAGCGCGAUCUACUUCGUCACGCUCGUGGUGAUGCAGUGGUUCAACGUCAUGGCUCUCCGAACUCGCCAUCUUUCCAUCUUCUCGCAUCCACCCAUUUUCAACCACAAGACACAGAAUUUGUUGCUGUUCCCGGCCAUUCUCUUUGCGCUCGUCAUCGCAUUGAUAUUCACUCUUGUGCCUGGCAUCGACUACCUUGGAUGCGAGAAGGUCCCUGUCGAACACUGGUUCAUUCCCAUGACAUUUGGCAUUGGACUUCUGAGCUUGGACGAGUUGAGGAAGAUGGUCGUGAGAAAAUACCCGAGCGGUAUUCUAGCUAAAAUAGCAUGGUAG